AAAGUACUCCGCCGCCAUGUUCGCCAAGCUCAUCGCCUUCGUCGCUGCUGUCGCUACCGUCUCCGCCUCGCCGCUCAAUGCGACGGACAUUGUCGACGUCUCCGCUCGUUCCGGUACCCCGAGCUCGACUGGUACCGAUGGUGGCUACUACUAUUCUUGGUGGACGGACGGCGCUGGUGACGCCACCUACCAGAACAACGGUGGUGGAUCGUACACCUUGACCUGGUCUGGCAACAACGGCAACCUCGUCGGCGGCAAGGGAUGGAACCCAGGAGCCGCGUCCCGGUCCAUCUCCUACUCCGGCACCUACCAGCCCAACGGCAACAGCUACCUCUCCGUCUACGGCUGGACGCGCAGUUCGCUCAUCGAGUACUACAUCGUCGAGUCCUACGGCUCCUACGACCCGUCCUCCGCCGCCAGCCACAAGGGCUCCGUCACCUGCAACGGCGCCACGUACGACAUCCUCUCCACCUGGCGCUACAACGCGCCCUCCAUCGACGGCACGCAGACCUUCGAGCAGUUCUGGAGCGUCCGGAACCCGAAGAAGGCGCCGGGCGGGUCGAUCAGCGGGACCGUCGAUGUCCAGUGCCACUUCGAUGCUUGGAAGGGGCUCGGGAUGAACCUGGGUAGCGAGCACAACUACCAGAUCGUAGCCACCGAGGGCUACCAGAGCAGCGGCACUGCGACCAUCACGGUCACGUAAAUAUCGCGAAAGCAGUUCAUGGGCUCGAAUGUGGCUUCAAAUGUGUUUUGGUAUACGGCUGUACGGGUUAUCGAAUGGGCUACUGGUGUUCAAAUGAAACUGGUUUGU